AGCUCACAGUCCCCGGAACCUCAGCGGUCCAGCUCCGGGCUGCUACGCCACUCUCGGCUCUAAGGGACCUCGGCGUCCUAGGCUGGCGCCCUCGGCUCUCCCUGCUUCCAGGCGCUGAGAAACCCCCGGGCGGUCACCAUGUUGGCCGACCCGCCGAAGGAAGACCCCAAAGGGUCUAGAGCGGUGGAGCACACCGCCGAACUGAAACCAGGCCAGGCAGGAGGCGGCCCUCCCUCGAACCCGGUGCUGAGCUGCCUCCGCACCAACCUGCUGCUGCUGAUGACCAUGCUGUUCGUGCUGGGGGGCGUGCUGCUGGGGCUGGGGCUGUCCAGCGCCGGGGGCGCGGCCAUGCUGGGCCCCUCGCGCCUGGCGGCCUUCGCCUUCCCCGGGGAGCUGCUGCUCCGCAUGCUGCGCCUGGUCAUCCUGCCGCUGGUGGUGUGCAGCCUCAUCAGCGGCAGCGCCAGCCUGGACCCGGGCGUGCUCGGGCGCCUGGGCUCCUGGGCGCUGCUCUUCUUCCUGGUCUCCACGAUGUUGGGGAGUACCAUCGGCAUCAUCCUGGCGGUGGCUCUGCAGCCCGGCGCCGCCCUCGCCGAGGCCCAAAACGACACGGGCCCCUCCCCCGCGCAGGACACCGGCAAGUCUGUGCUGGAUUCUAUCCUGGAUCUCCUGAGGAAUUUCUUCCCCUCCAACCUGGUGACUGCAACCUUCCGCUCGUAUGCGACCUACUACGAAGACGGAGAUUUCUACGGAACCGUGACGAAGGUGCCGGUGGGGCGCCAGGUGGAAGGCAUGAACAUCCUGGGCCUGGUGGUGUUCUCCAUCGCCUUUGGCGUGUGCCUGCGGAAGCUGGGGCCGGAUGGGGAGAUGCUCAUCCACUUCUUCGGCUCCUUCAACGACGCCACCAUGGUGAUGGUCUCCUGGAUCAUGUGGUACGCCCCCGUGGGCAUCCUGUUCCUGGUGGCCAGCAAGAUCAUUGAGAUGGACGACGUGAAGCAGCUCUUCACCAGCGUCGGCAUAUACGUCCUCUGCAUCAUGCUGGGCCACCUCAUCCACGGGCUCCUGGUGCUGCCCUUAUUGUACUUCAUCCUCACCAGGAAGAACCCCUACCGCUUCCUGUGGGGCAUCCUGACAGCGCUGGCCGCUGCCUUCGCCACGUCCUCCAGCUCCGCCACUUUGCCGCUGACCAUACAGUGCGUGGAGGAGAGGAACGGCAUCUCUAAGAACAUCUGCCGCUUCAUCCUGCCCAUCGGGGCCACUGUCAACAUGGACGGAGCCGCCCUCUUCCAGUGUGUGGCCGCGGUGUUCAUUGCCCAGAUCAACCGGAGGCCCUUGGAUGUGGCGAUGAUCAUCACCAUCCUGAUCACGGCCACCGCCUCCAGCGUGGGCACCGCGGGCGUCCCUGCGGGAGGUGUCCUCACUCUGGCCAUCAUCCUUGAGGCAGUCAACCUGCCAGUUGACCUCUCCUUGAUCCUGGCUGUGGACUGGCUAGUGGACCGGACCUGUACGGUCAUCAACGUGGAAGGUGAUGCCUUUGGGGCGGGAAUCCUCCAACAUUUGGUGGAUCGGAGAAAGGUCAGUAGCUCAGUGCCCGAGUUGAUCCAGGUGAAGAGUGACAGCACUGUGGUUACAAUGCCGAUCCUCAAACGCUACUCAAGACCUUCUAAAGAUACUAACAACUUCAAGAAAAACUCCGUCAGACCUUCCCUGCCCUAAUGGGGCACUCUGGACAUUCAAAUCACGAGAGAUGGAUCAAUGGACAAACUUGUUCUCUGGCAGCCCUGCCCAUAAACUUUGGGGAGCCAAAGACCCCAGCCUCCCUUCCCAACCUACCUCUCCCCAACCCCAAAUCUGGGAGGCCUUGCUACUGGGAUAUAUGUGUAUGUGGGUAUGAAUGUCUCCCCCAGUCUCCCAGGUCCUCAACUCCUGCCCCCACCCAAGCUUAGGAAACAGCAAGAUGGAGAAGUAGCACCCUCCACGCCCCAUCCAGUUCGCCACAUGGAAUUCUGCCCUCUUUGAUAGCAUGUUCCCAUGUGUGUCGGCCCCUUUGCUGGUUAUUUUGGUGGCUGUAGCUGUGUGUGUGUAUGCAUGUGUGUGUAUGUGUGUGGGGAACUCUGGGUAGGGGGAGGCUGAGGACAAACACUGCUGUCACUCCAGAGGACAUUUUUUUUUUCACCAAUAAAAUUGUCAAGUAUUAAAAAAAUAA